CCCGGGGGAGGAGCCUCUCCCGCGGCGGCGGCCGCCUCCGCGAUCGCAAACCCGGAAGACGCGCUCUGGCCGCUGAGAGUGUGUGCGCGCCGGCCCGGCACGGCUAUGCAGCCCCUCGUGGUAGGUCUGGCUCCCGCUCCAGCGAGGGAGCCGAGACUGACCCGCUGGCUGCGGAGAGGCAGUGGGAUCUUGGCGCACCUGGUAGCUUGGGCCUUCACCAUCUUUCUGAUUCUGCUGUCCCGGCCAGGAACCAGUCUUUUCUCCUGGCACCCCGUAUUCAUGGCCUUGGCGUUCUGCCUUUGCAUGGCUGAGGCCAUCCUACUCUUCUCGUCGGAGCACUCCCCGUUCUUCUUCUGCUCCCGAAAGGCCCGGAUCCGACUCCACUGGGCAGGGCAGACCCUAGCCAUCCUCUGUGCAUCCCUGGGCCUGGGCUUCAUCAUCUGCAGCAGGACCCGCAGUGAGCUGCCCCACCUGGUGUCCUGGCACAGCUGGGUAGGGGCUCUGACGCUGCUGGCCACUGGUGGCCAGGCCCUGUGUGGGCUCUGCCUCCUCUGUCCCCAGGCAGCCAGGGUCUCAAGGGUGGCUCGCCUCAAGCUCUACCAUCUGACAUGUGGACUCGUGGUCUACCUGAUGGCUACGGCAACGGUGCUCCUGGGCCUGUACUCAGUGUGGUUCCAGGCCCAGAUCAAAGGUGCAGCCUGGUACCUGUGCCUGGCGCUGCCCCUCUAUCCAGCCCUGGUGAUCAUGCACCAGAUCUCCAGCUCCUACUUGCCAAGAAAGAAAAUGGAAAUGUGAGUUCCUCCAAACUCUGAAUCUUGAUGGGACACUUGCCUUGGACUUCAGUGGUUCCUUUGGUGAUCUUCAAGGGAUCCACUUCAGAAGUGGUAGGGUUUUUGUACUUCUUAGCUGGGCCAGGGGCUGCAGAAACCCAAACUGCUAUUGCUGAUGGAUGACUCAGUGGGCUGAAAUGGGGAAGUGCACUGGGUCCAAGUGAAAGGUGAUGGGGAGCUUGGUCCUGAAGCCUCCGCUCCUGAUGGGAGACAGACGUGUUGGGUGGUGGUGGUGAUGGUGGUGGUGGUCAUUUCCUGCUUGCAUGCCUGAUAAAGAGUUGGGUUCCUGUAACUUAUGGAUGGAAGCCAUGGCUCUUUGGGUCACUUUUGAGAAAGCAGGGUGCUGUAGUGGAGAGAGCCCACGGGUCUUGUUUAUGGGUUAUGGUCCUCAUAGGCUGUAUUGUGCAACCUUAGGCAAGUCACAUGUCUCAGGACCUCACUUUUCUCAUCUGUGUAACGAGUGUUUCUAAACAAUCUCUAAUGUUCAGUGUCUGUUGGGUUGAUGUCACACCCUUCCAGCCCUGGACCAUGGGCCGGACCACUCAGCAGACUCAGGAUGUAAUUCUUGCAUUCAUUAUCCCCUUGCCCCUCUGGAGAGACAGGUCUACCCUCGUGGCCUUUCAGGAAUCUGUGCCAAUUUGGCCCCUGGACCAGGGCACAAAGGGUCAGGCCCUGUGGAGAGAAGGGGCCCAGGUGAGGGUUUCCUGAACUCCAAGAUAGUAAAGGCACUGAAGUCACUUUAAAGCUUUUGGAGAAGGGCAUUGGCUUAACCAAGCCUAUGGCUCUUGGCUGGGCUUCUUUGCCCAGCUAAGAACUUCCUUCAGCCCACCUCAGGAUCUGGGCUUGAGGGCUGUGGAACAUGGUGAUGCUCCUUCCCUUGACAUCCAUUCUCAGUGGCAAAGUAGUCCUGAGCAUCUCACAUUUUUCCCUUCUUAGGGCUCAGGUUCUCACCUCAGCACAUAGCUUCAUGGAGCUAUUCCAAAGCUUUUUGAACAAAAUAAGAACCAAGGAAGUGGGGCAGGGCUCUUCUGAUCUCGGGAAGACCAAGUCUCCCUGGUUCUCCUUCUUCCCUUGUCAACUAAGCUUUCCUCAGUUAUCAUCUCUUGCCAGCUCUUUGGCCCUGGAGGGGGCUGAGUUUGAUGCCAGCUGGCAGAUGAGGGCUGUGCCCACUUCCCUGCAGAGACCUCACCUUUUUCCAAACUGGAAGUAGUUCCCCAGACUGCCCUCAGCCGUGAAGGCUGGGUGCCAGACUGGUUAACUGUGGUCUGGCUCAGUGGAGGAGAUGGAACCUCCGUAGACCAUGGCAAGGACUGAAGACGGCUGAGUCAGGAAAGCUGGUGUUGAGUUGGGUAGAGAUAGCUCAGUGGAAACUCUGAGAGGCCUGGAAUGUAGAGGCUGGAGCUCCUUGUCCCAGGAGCAGGGGGAGGUGUUCCUCGAUGGCAGUAUUUGGGUUAUGCCAGGUCUUUCGAAGGUUCAAGACCUUGUCUCUGGGUGGCUCAGAAGCAAGGAGGUUGGUAUGAUUCAGCAUACAAGGAUGGAGUUUGCAAGAGCAGACGUGUCCUCUGAGUGGAUCUCACCAGGUUCCUCCUGGGUCAGAUGGCAUCUCCCAGUAGCUCUCCAGACCCUGAGCAUCUAAAGGGGGCCACUCCUGUGCAGAGGGUGAUUGUUCCUGUCUCGUUCAUUGCCCUCUGUCCCCUCUCAAACUACCCACUGUGGUCUGGACCUGGAAGAGAUGGUUCCUGGGGCUGCAUGGAGGAGAUGCUCAUCUAGGGUCACUUUGAUCAGGCAUUCCAUCUCUUCCUCCAUCACAGCCAGUGCUGGGAGUCUCUCCCUGUCUGCAGCAUGGGGGGAGGGCUGGGUAAGGUUCACCGGCUUGCUCCGAGAGCCAAGCAGACAACGCCAUAAAGCCCCAGGCUGCCUGAGGUGUUGCCUCCUCCCAGUUGGUGCGGGGGCGGGUGGGCGGCGGGCAGGCGGGCUGACAGCCGGCAGUUUGCGUGGGCUGUGCCAGCUGAUGUCUAUUCCCAGCCCUGGGAGGAAGGGGGAAGUCAUUUAUAUUCUGCUGGAGGAAGGGGCCCCAGCUGUCACCUCUGACCGGUAGGCCUGGAGGGCAGGGGCACGGGGCAGAGAGCAGGGCACAGGUGGUCUCUUGCUUGGAUAGUCUGUGUGUAGUUUAGGGAGUACGUCACCAGGAGGAGCCCUUCUUCGCGGCUGGCCAGAUGGUGGGGGGGGCUUCCCUUCCCUCCCCUCUUUGCAUUUCUCCCUCCACACCACCUGCCCUCACAUCCUGGGGCAGCAGCUGGACAACCAUUAGGCCUCAGUGCCAGGGCACGCUUCCUCCAGCUGGGAUCUCCGUGGCUGCCGCCUGCGUAAGCCUCCUGCCUCCCUCCGCGCUCUGUUCCCCCCACUCUCUGUAUCUCCCCAUCUGGGAUAUUAGCUGGGCUCCUUGUCAGUGAGGCACAGGCCUUGGGGGAGAAGCAAAUGGCUGCCCUUUGCCCUUGUCCCCUGCUUAGGGAAAGCUGAUAGUAGUCAGCCUGUUUUGCCUUUUUUAAAAAAAGCCAGUGUGCUCAAAUAAAAAAAAUGCAUGUCAUUUGCAUAAAUUUGCAUAGCAGAUUUACUAAAUCCUGAUUCCAAAUGUGAUUAUAUUCAAACUCAGCCUUGAGGACAUUAGAAAUAUGGAUGGUUUUUGUAUCCAAAUUAUAAUAAGAGUACCCUUCUGGGUUCAGAUGACCCCCCAAUCCCUAUCUUUCCCAUGACCACCCUGUCCCUUGAGUCCCACCAUGGCUGGGGGUGGUGUUGAAUGGCAGGAACUCUGUGGGAGUCUUCCAGCCUCACCUUCUUGGCUUUUCAGCUGCAUCAAAGGUAGGCUGCUAUCUCUCUUCCCAGCCUGUGCCUCCUCUCUCCUCACCCUGUCACGGAGCAGACUGCUCCUCCCCUCUCCCUGACACUGGCCUGUCCCUUCUUUCUCAUUGUCCCACCCUUCCACCUUCGUGCAUGGCUGCUAUGGGUCUUGUUUUUAAAGCCUCACUGUGGGAGAUCCAAGCACCCUCCCUGAGCCAGCUGGCUGCUGUGCCAAGGCCUGUUCAGAGUAAAUAAUAAUCAUUAGCUGAACAGUGCUGGGGCCUUUCAGCUCCAGAUCUCUAAGCACUGGCAGGCUGAGUCAGCCAGCCCUCACCUUCCCCUUCUUCUUGGGCUGCCAGUGUAAGAGAAUGGGGAGGCCUAUGGGAGGGAAGGAGGGGUCGGGAGUCUUACCUCCCAGCCUUCAGGCUUCUUUUCUCUGGGAGUGGGCCCUGCGAGUCCUCUGAGUAAACAAAAAGGUCUUUUCAACUGACAAAGGUCAAGAUGUAGGGAACGCAGUAUGUGCUCUGCUGACACUGGUAGUGGCCGUGGUGGCUGCUGACCCUGAACCUCUGGUGUUCCUGCCCUUCCUUCUGUUUACCUAUGUGGCCUCCAGAGGACACCCUUGGUCCUGACAUCUGACCUCAGCAUUUCUGGUGGCUCCCUGCAGGCUUAGGGAGCAGGGAGACCUCUGGUGUAGUGCUCCCACUGCCCCUGUGUCUGGCUGGCAUAAAGAGCCUGUGUAACAUGAAGUGAAAAGUGCAUGGACCUGAAACUAGGAAACCUGCAGGCUGGGUUUAUUUGGCCCUAACACUGGUGUGGCCAAAAGCAAACCCCUUACUGCUGGACCUCCCUCACAGGGAUGAUGUGAGGGUUAGAUGGGAGAACGCAUGUUAAUAGGUAUUGCAAAGUUCAAAACAUUAAACAAAUGUAAACAGGUGGUAUUA